AUGUUUCCACCUGACGUGACGGCGCCCCGAUUAAUCGGAAUAUUUCCGGUACAUGAGCGAGCGUAUGCGGAAUGCCGCAAGGAGAAUGGGAAGGCGAAGAAGUUUGCGUGUCCGUUCGUCGAAUGCGGCAAAUCGUUUGCGACGCGCGGCGGCGUCGCCGAUCAUCUGAACGAGCGGCACACCGGCGAGCGGCCGUAUCGCUGCGAGACGUGUCGGCAGGAUUUUGCGGCGCGCGCGCGAUUCGCGGUGCACUUGAAGAAGUACCAUCAGAUGAGCAUCAAAUCCUACAAUUUUGUUGGCCAACAAUUGAAUAUCGCGAGAUUUCAAUGA